GCAGACGCUGUAUGGAAAAAACCGGUACUUCCCAAAGCCGACUCGUACGGAGUUUCAAACCCAGGCGAAGGAAGCUCUCCGGGUUGCAAAGGAAAGGGCAAGAACCAAGUUGCAAGGUCCACGUGCACGCAUGCCGGUUCCAAGGAAUCGUAAUUUUUGGAACGACGAGCCCGAACGAGAACAAGAAGAGGAAGCAAAUAACAAUUAAUAAUGUUACAGAUACUUCCCUGGAGACGUUGCUACUCGCCCUGCUCACCAACAUAGAGGGAAGGAUGACUAGGUCAUCGCGACGACGUCCACGGAACGAAAGAAGAUACAAUCGGCAUUUUUUAAUGCCAACCGGUCUCGGUAGAUGCUAAGCUGUGUGAGAAAGUAUUUUGUCUCAACUCGGAAUGUAACAUUGAUCCAAGCAAUCGUUAUGUCCAAUGACGCCGGUUUACCAAUAAAACAGAUGAAAAGAUUACGCACAUUAUCGAGAAUCACAUACAUGUAAAGCACCAACCGUACAUGGACGUGACUUUUUAGUGUGUGUAUCUUUACGUCUGUUUUAUGAGUGAACCGCGGGUUCUUUUUAGCACUGCAUACACCGAAACUGAUUUCAAAAUUAGGUGUUGCGGUAUAACGUUUACUUGACUCGAUUUUACGUAUCUAUUUUGGGAUUAAACCUUCCUCGCACAGCUCUAGUGGAGAUCAAUCAAUCGGCACUUUUCAGUGCCAUUUAUAUUGAUUCUACGGGAAUCAUCUCGGUUAUCGCAAUUGACACUUUUCAAUAUCUUUUGUUGUUUACGACAUUAAUAUUUGUAACACUUUUGUAAUAGUAACUAUCGAAGCUUCUUGGAUAGUUAAUAUUUCAAAAAAGUGCUACAACACGUUUUUUUAAAUAUUAUUUUUCCUUUAUGUGAGGUCUUUUUGUACCAAAUAUUCAAAAGCUGUAUAAUGUGCGAUAAAAGAAGUAUUGAUACAAACAGACAUUACUCUCUGUUCUUACAAAAGUUAAAUUUAAAAUUUUGUGUUUUGUUCUGUUUAGAUUUGCCAAAGAGAGAAAGAUUUAGGACUGUGUGACAGAGGUGCAUCUUUUCACUCGAAAGACCAGAAGAGGAUUAACCUGUAAUAUAAAAUAUUUUUAAGUUAAAUUACUAAAUUUUAUUUUACAUUUGGAUUUUUCUUUUAUUUGAUAUAUGUUAUAUUUUGUAAAUGAUAAUAUUUAUUUGUAUACUUACUUUGUAAUUUGUAAUUUAUUUGUGUACUUAUAUAUAUAAAACUUAUUAAUAAUAAAUGAUUUAGAGUUAUUUUUUGAAAUAAAAUUAUAAAAAAUUUAAAGAUUUAUGAAGCAAUGACGUCACAAUUUAAAUACCUACAAAACAGCAGCGUUUGUUCGAUUUCUGCUGCUAGUCUGCCGUCAGAUUAUUGUGCAAGUUCUGCACGCUUUUUGCCGCCAAUCUGACGUCAGGUCUUGUUAGCAGGGCCUCCUCGAUUUCUGUUGCCAGUCUGCUGGCAUAGAAUGUCAACAGGUUUUAUCAACAGAACGUAAGCAGAAUGCGACCUCAGAUAAGGCCAGUCUGCUAACAUGUUCUGAUCAAAUCUGUUGCCAAUCUGCCGACAUUCUGCUAACAUUUUGCUGACUGGGAUAUUUUACAUUUUUUCAAUACGUUUAAUACAUUCUUUCAAGCACUAGAAACAAGAAUACAUCUAUUACAACCUAAAUCACUUCAGUUCCUAACCAUGAUUUGUAAACCUUUUUUAAAAACAGAGAUUUUUAAAUUAUGUAAAUAUUAAUUUUGAUUUUUCAAAUAUAGAACAUCAAAAAUCAUUAAACGAAAUAUAUUUAGGAACUGAAUGUGAAAAAUAUCUUGAUGGAUUGAUUACAGAAGGACACGUAGAUGUAGUUGCAAAUGUUCGACAGAACUGUUUGCAAUUUUACAUUACUGCUGCUCAAGAAAUUUCUAAAAAACUACCAAUAAAUGAUCCAAAUUAAAAGUUUUUGAAGCAGAGACAGCAUUACGUGAUCCUAAUAGACAAACAUCAUUUAAUAAUGUUUCUUUCAUUGCUAAAACUUUUAGCGGGUUUGAUGAUAACGGAUUAAGAAAAGAAUGGUUUGCUUUACAUCAAAAUUUUACAGAAGUAGAAAAAGAUAAUUUUAUUAUGUUAAAUUUGGAUGAAAUGUGGAAAAAAAUUUUUCAACGCAGUGAUCAAUUUCCCAAUUUAAAAUCUCUUUUGAAUGCUGUUAGAUCACUGCCAAAUUCAAAUGCCGACUCAGAAAGAAUCUUUUCCUUUCUGCCAGACUUAAAAACAAAAAAA